AUGUCAAGUAACAAUAUUUACGGCACAAACGGUAUUAACGUUAACGACCAGUCGUUUGCUGUGGUUUGGAAAGACCUGUCGUAUAGAGUGAAGCACCGGAUCAUCAAAGAGAAGACAAUCAUUAAUGGGAUCAGCGGUUACUUCAGGAGCGGACAAAUCACCGCAAUUCUCGGGCCAUCCGGUUGUGGGAAGUCUUCGCUUCUUAACUGUUUGGCCGGAAUCAAGAAGAAGGGAGUCUUCGGAUCAAUUAGUAUAUCAACAAGAAAAAAGCUGAAGAUAGCGGUGAUCGGACAGGAAGACCAUUUAGACCCCCGGCUGACAGUGAGAGAGGCCCUGAACUACGCCUCGCGGCUCAAGAACUUGGAAAAUAUAGACCACAAACACAACAUCGAGAUCACAAUCAAACGGCUGGACAUCGAGUCGUGCGCUGAUGUGAGGGCUAAGCGAUGCUCUGGUGGUCAACGGAAACGCGUGUCAAUCGCUCUGGAGUUAGUCUCCAGACCUAAUAUACUAAUACUGGAUGAGCCCACCAGUGGUUUAGACGUUGCGACCACGUGGCAACUCAUUAAUACACUGCUGGAUCUGACCCAACAAUCCCAGAAAGGUCAGCCCAUGGCAGUGGUGGCCACUAUUCAUCAGCCGAGUGGCAAACUCUUCAAUUUGUUUCACUCGGUGUAUAUCAUGUCAUACGACGGGCAGUGUAUAUAUCAGGGAACCCCACAAUCGAUGGUCAACUUUAUGGCCCAAUACGGUAUGAAAUGCCCUAAAUUUCACAACCCAUCCGAUUAUAUACUAGAGGUUGCGUCCAAAGAGCACGGAAUCGGCAAACCUAUGCUAUUGGCUUCAAUCAUGAAGAUCGAGGCGUUGGAUCUGAUCGCACAUCCGUAUAAAAUUACACCACAUUUUAAGUACAACACAACCAGUGAUAUCUGGACUCUAAGUAAAAGGACAUUUGUAUUGUCCUACCGGGACAUAUGGAUGCUACCGUUGCGAUCGGCCGCCCAUUUGGCUACCGUUGGUCUAUUGGUCGGGUUUUGGGGGCCGGAGAGCGGGAAGCUGUCGGGCUGUCCGGACAACUUUGUGGUCGACGGCGCCGACUUUGUCAAGACGUUUGAAGAGGUGGGCGACAAACUGAACGAGAACUUUGGCUGCAUUUGUUUUAUCGUGAUGUUCACGUGGUUCGGCGCCAUAUUCGCCGUUUUGCUUACAUUUCCCGCUGAAAUGCAUACGUUUCUGAAGGAAUAUAGAAACGGGUGGUACUCAAUAUAUUCAUACUAUAUGGCUAAAGUGCUCGUGGACGUUUUCUGGCAGUUGACAAUACCAUUGCUUUUGAUAAUACCGGCAUUUGUGGGCACCGGACAGUACUGGGAGACCGAACGCUGGCGUUUCUACUAUUUUAUAGGCAUAUGUCUACUGCUGGCCCUCUCGUCCACAUCUAUGGGACUAAUAGUGAGCGCAUAUCUCAUGAACUCUCCGACGGCCGCCGCCUUUCUCGGCAUUAUUACCGCAUUUCCGUUAUUCCUCUUCUCAGGCUUUAUGAUCCCGGUAAAGGACAUGCCUAACGGGUUCCGGCACUCAACGUGGGGUAAUUUUGUGCGCUUCGCCUUAGAGGGCACGACAACAGCCAUCUAUGGCUUCAACAGAUGUCGAUCGGAUCCGAUUGGGCCGAAGAAAGCGCCCAUAGAUUGGGGUUCACUCAUAACAGAGCAACAGAUGACCGCAAUCCUGGCCUCCGAUCACAUCAAUGCCGAUGCGUUGAUGAAUACAAUGAGUUUGUUUAGCGGUCAGGUGUCAGAUGAGGCCCAGUCUGUCAUAAUGACCAAAAUGGAUUAUCACGACGACGACAUGUAUAGAGCCAUUGCGAUGCUCAUGCUCAUUUUAGUGGUGCUUAAAGUGGGCACCGAAUGA